AUGGUUCUUGUACCGAUAUAUCGUGCCACAACCCAAGUUGACCAAUCAUAAGUCGAACAGCAGGAAAUCGUGUCCUACGUCUCUUUCGCACGUUUGCAUAUAACCAGCGAAUAGCAAGAAGUCUACGUCAGGGUUCAUUAUUCAGUUCGGGCUAUUUAGUUAAUAUAGGAUUCGUUGUUUCUAGAACCACAACAAAUUAAAACACACCAAGAUGUUCUCAGCAGCAAAAUUCAUCGCCCCAGUCGCCAAAUCCGCAUUUGUCAAUGGAUCAAAGGCAUAUCUGCGACCAAUCUCAAGUGCAGUAUUGACUCAAAGCUCUACUAUCAAUGUAUUACCUGCAGCCGCUCAAUCUAGCAUUUUACCACAAGUUCGUUGUCUGCAAACUACAGCAGUAACGAAAGACAUUGAUUCAGCAGCUAAAUUUAUUGGUGCUGGAGCAGCCACCGUAGGAGUAGCAGGAUCAGGAGCUGGUAUUGGUUCAGUCUUUGGAUCAUUAAUCAUUGGUUAUGCACGUAAUCCAUCCCUUAAACAACAACUAUUCUCAUAUGCCAUUCUUGGAUUUGCAUUGUCAGAAGCUAUGGGACUUUUCUGUCUUAUGAUGGCUUUCUUACUGUUAUUCGCAUUCUAAUUUGGUUUUUCAUUUUGCCCGAAGUGUGUGUUCUAGAAGAGCUGCUGAACGUUAUCACCAGGGACUGAUAAUUUAAUACAUUCAAAAUACCAUUUAUUAUAGUUCCGUAUAAUGUAAAAUAAACCACAAACCUUUAA